AUGCAUAUUUCUCGAUAUGGCAUCCAUGGUUUCCAUGAAGUACUAGGAAUCGACACUGAUGAGAUCCGCUUCUACUGGGCAAUUGAGAGCGAAGACCAAGAUGCGACUCAACACGCCUAUCGCAUUGUGGUGACAACCGAUGUCAAAGAACUUGAAUCAAACAUACCAGCUGUUUCCAAGCUGGUCUGGGACUCUGAGCGCGUUGAGAGCAAGGAACAAAGAAACAUCCUCUGCAAGCCCUCCAACGGCUUCAAAUCUACUACGAGUCACUUUUGGAGAAUCACAGUGUGGGAUCAGAACAACAAUGUCUACCAUAGCUCAAUUGGCCACUUCUUCACGGCAUACCCGCGGUCUCAUCUUCUACCGCCUUAUAGCAUGAACCAGACAUACAUGCCUCACACCAGUCUGAUUUUCAAGUCCUGGUUCGAAAACGAGGCAGAUCGCUGGAAGGCGGUUUGGAUCGGUGAUGGAGGCGACAAGCCCAUCUAUCUCAGGAAAUCCUUCGAACUGGCCCAAAAACCAGCUCGGGCUAUUUUGUUCGCCUCGGGACUCGGCCAUUUCAAUAUGUCGGUGAAUGGACAGCCUGCUUCCGACCAUCGACUCGACCCUGGUUGGACCAAUUAUCACCGCCGUGUCCAGUUUACGUCCUAUGACGUGUCAGACCAUCUUGGUGCAGGGCAGAAUUCCCUAGGUGUUCAUCUGGGUAACGGCUUCUAUGCUGGAGACAAGGGUGGCGAUGAUCGCUUCUUCUGGCCCAUGUACGAAGAUAACACAUACGUCCGGUACGGGAAUGAACUUUGCUUCUUUGGUGAAUUGCAUCUUUUCUACGAGGACGGCGAGCACACUGUUCUCAUCUCCGAUGCCUCGUGGAAAGUGAAGAAGAGCGCUACCACACUGGCUAACAUCUAUGCCUCCGAGAAUCAUGAUCGACGUCUUUACCCUUCAGGCUGGGACUCUGCCAGUUUCAAUGAUACUGAAUGGGCGCCGGCUAAGCCUCUAACCGGCCCGAGAGGACAUCUUUAUUACCAGACCCAGCCUCCAGUCGUUCUCCAUGAAACCUUCGAGCCGGUAAAGAUUCACAGCCCCAAGAAGGGGAUUGUUUGUUAUGACCUGGGUCAGAAUGCAUCUAUCAUGGUCAAAAUCGAAGUCGAAGGUGCGGCGGGAUCAGAGAUUCUCGUUCGAUACUCUGAGACUGUUAGAGAAGAUGGCACUGUUUUAAUGCCCGAUCCGCUGUUCAAGGAGUUCGAGACCGGGGUCUUUUCCAGAAUCAUCUUGUCUGGUAAUGGCCAGCCUGAAAUAUGGACACCAGACUUCAGCUUUACGAGUGCUAGAUACAUCCAAGUAGAGGGUGUCUCUUUGAAUGCAGGUGACGGAUUGCCCGUCAUUCAUUCUGCGGUUGGUCGCCAUAUUUCCUCGGCGGCUAGAAAGCUCGGAACUAUGACAACCGACAAAGACGAUGUCAACUCGUUGCUAAAUGCCCUAUAUUGGUCUUUUAGCAGCAAUCUCUUCAGCUAUCACACAGAUUGCCCGCAGAUCGAGAAGUUUGGUUGGCUUGAAGUCACACAUCUGCUGGCUCCGGCUACACAAUAUAUUCGCGACAUGGAAAGCUUGUACACCAAAAUUCUUGAUGAUAUCCUGGACAGCCAAGAGCCUAGUGGUCUCGUGCCAACAAUGGCACCCGAGAUCCGCUAUAUGUGUGGUCCUCUGCAUGACACCAUCACCUGGGGCUGUGCGCUGUGCCUGCUUCCGGAUAUCCUGCGACAGUACUAUGGAUCUACACACGUUAUCCCAAAGGUGUACCCUGCUGCAGUUCGAUAUAUGGAAUACAUGCAGACCAAAGAGCGCAAGGGUGGACUGAUUGAGCACGGACUCGGCGACUGGGGCCGAGGAAUCGCCUUCGGCAACAACCAAGCAAACAUCGAGACAGCGGUCUACUACCGUUGCCUCCAGUGCGUUGAGAUGAUGGCACGUGAGCUUGGCAGACUUGAAGAAGCAGAGAGGUUCAAACAGUGGUCUGCUCGUAUCUACGACACCUACAACCGCCAUCUCCUGGUGACCGAUGACCCGUCGCGCCCCUACGCAUAUUACACAUCACUCGACAACUACCCAGAAAGGGACCGUGACGCAAUCGCCCAAGCAAUGGCGUUGCAAUUUGGUCUUGUGCCUGCCAAGCACCACAGCGACGUGAUGGCCGCUUUCUUAGAUGAUGUAGCCGAUGGCAAGAUUCGCGCUGGUGAAAUUGGUCUACGCUUCCUCUUUAACACGCUGGCUGAUGCGAAGCGUCCGGAUCUUGUUCUGCAAAUGGCAAGACAGGAGGAGCACCCAUCCUACAUGCGUUUUUUGCGCCGUGGAGAGACAACGCUGCUGGAGUUCUGGCAGGAUGAAUGUCGUAGCAAGUGCCAUGACAUGCUGGGCACAAUCUACGAAUGGUUCUAUGCUGCUGUGCUUGGGUUGAAGCCUAUUUCAGAGGCGUACCGGACUUUCGAAGUUGAUCCUCCUUACGAGUCUGAAUUCAACCAUGUUAAAGGAUCCGUUGAUUCUCCAUAUGGUUUGAUUGCCAUUGAGUUCAUGCGCACGGAUGAUAAUUCGAUAAAAUUGGACCUUCAAGUGCCAUUUGGGACUACUGCUACUGUCAAGCUCCCGCUCGAUAUGAAGCAGGCUGAGGUUGGCUUUGGAAAAGGACAAAGGAAAUUCAUCGACGGGAGAGAGUUGGAGCUCAGCCAUGGACUGUACACUGUAUUCAUUCAGCUAUAG